AUGGCGAUCGACACCGAAGCUAUCCUUAAGGGCAAGUACCCUGCCAAAGCCCACGCCAAGCGAGUGGCCGAGUACAUCCGCUCCAAGAUUCCAGAUGCCUCCGGUAUCAUCUAUCUCGAGGGCCGUGCCGACAAACUCCUGGAAGACUCGGACGAGCCGGUGCCCUUCCGCCAGCGCCGGGCCUUCAUGUAUCUGACCGGUGUGGAUGUGGCCGACUGCUACCUGAUAUACGACAUGGCAACGUCACACUCGACACUCUUCAUUCCCCCGACCGAUCCCGAGUCCGUCAUCUGGGCGGGGUUGCCACUCAGUCCCGAGGAGGCCCUGGAGAGGUACGACGUCGACGCCGUACUUCCGAGCUCCGAGCUGAACGCCCACUUGGCCAAAGUCGGUGCUCAGAAGAACGGCACCAAGAGCACCGUCUUCGCUAUAGCCGAACGCGUCGCCGACCAUGUGACGUUCCUCGAGUUCGACGACAAGGACUUCUCCAUCCUAGGGGAGGCGAUUGACGAGUGCCGCGUGGUCAAGGACGAGUAUGAGGUUGCUCUCAUCCGCAAAGCGAACAUCAUCAGCGGGGCUGCGCACAGGCUCGUGCUUCAGAAGGUUAGGCAGAGCACCAAUGAGUACGAGCUCGAGGGCGUCUUCAUCGGCGAGUGCACCAAGCGAGGCGCCAAGAAGCAGGCGUAUCCCAGUAUUGUCGCCAGCGGACGGGAUGCGGCGACCUUGCAUUAUGUUCACAACAACAAGGACCUUCACUCCGGAGGAAAAGCCAAAGACCUUUUGCUGCUGGAUGCAGGAGCUGAAUGGGAUUGCUACAGUUCUGAUAUCACCAGAACAUUUCCCAUCUCGGGGAAGUUCACCGAGAAGUCUCGCGCCAUCUACGACAUUGUACUCAAGAUGCAAGAGGACUGCAUCGCCAUGCUGAAGGAGGGUGUCUCGUGGGAUGAGGUUCAUCUUCUAGCACACAAAGUAGCCAUUGACGGACUUUUGUCGCUAGGGAUUCUCAAAGGUGACAGGGAUGAGAUUCUUCGGGCUCGUACCAGCGCCGCCUUCUUGCCCCACGGCCUGGGUCAUUACCUGGGCAUGGAUACACACGAUACCGGAGGUCAUCCGAACUACUCGGAUCCAGAUCCCCUGUUCAGAUACCUGAGAGUGAGACGAGACUUGCCUGCUGGGAGUGUGAUCACCGUCGAGCCGGGUAUCUAUUUCUGUGAAUACAUCAUUCGGCCAUAUCUCAAAGAUGAAAAGCACUCCAAGUUCAUUGACGAGACCGUGCUGGACCAAUAUUGGGACGUCGGCGGCGUGCGGAUCGAGGACAACCUACUUAUCACCAAGGAUGGCAGUGUCAAUCUUACCGACGCGGUGAAGGACCCAGUUGAAUUGGAGAAGAUUAUUUCUAGCAACUGA